GCGCUGCUUGGCCACGCAGCGGCUCUGGCUGCUGGGGCCCCUCUCCCAGGCCACCGCGGCCUCGAGGAGGCGGGCGGCGCCGGCCGCGACGGCGUUGAAGGGCGCGAGAGCCCGCCAUGCCCAGGAGGUCGCAGCUGCGGUGCCACCAGUCCUGGGGCUCUCUGUGCUGGAGCGGCUCGCGGCGCGGCCAUCGACCGAGAAGCUCUACCGUGGGGCGACGCAGGCCUUCGUGAGCUUACGCGCGCGUCACCGCCUGGACUGGGCGGACCAUGCCAGCUUCGACUCGAUUCUCGCACAGCACAUGGACAGCGAGUUUUUCCUCGGCGGCGGCGGGAACCUCGGGAACGUGCUCCUGACGGCGGUCGCCCACUUCCUGGGCUCGCUGCGCAAGCGGGCCGCGACGCUGCUGCCGAGGGCCCAUCGCGCGGCGGCGGCCUGGGCCCUGAGGGCUCCGAGCCGCGCGCGCCUCCUGCUGCCGAGGCGGGUCGCGUUCGCCAUCGCGGGCAUUCUGCUCCGCGACGGGCACCGCCGGCUCGCCAUCUGCAUCCUCGUCAUGUUCGCCUGCUACCUCAGGCCGGGCGAGGCGGCGAAGCUGCGCGGGCGCCACUCGGCGCCUCCCGUCGCCGCCGCGGGGGCGCCUUACCAGCUCCACGGCCUGAUCCUGCACGAGAGCGGCCAGAGGCCUGGGAAGACGGGCGUGGACGACGAGAGCGUCCUCUUCGAUCGGGAACCCUCGCUCGUUCCCCUGCUGGUGGCCCUCGAGACCGCCACGCUCCCCAGCGAGCCGCUGCGGGGAGAGUCGAUCUCGUUGCUGCCGCAGCUCUUUCUCCAGGCCUGCCGCGAGCUGUCUUUGGAGCGCCUCCGCCCGCAUCUCUACAGCCCGCGGCGCGGCGGGGCCUCGGACGACAUGCCGUCGCAGAGCCCCGCGCUCGAGCUGUUCUGCGGCGCUGGCGCGAUCGCCCGCGCGACGCACGCACAGGGCUUCGCUGGCUUCGGGCUCGACUGGAGCCGCGGCCCGCUGGAGGACCACACCACGGCGGCAUUGCAGCCCAUCGCCCUCGGCUGGGUCGCCUCUCGGGCGGUGGGCGCUAUCUGGCUCGGCACGCCAUGCACGUGCUGGACGCGAGCGCUCAGACGACCGCUCCGCUCCGCACUCCACCCUAUGGGCCUUCCAGAUGUGAGCUUCCGUGAACCGGCCAGACUUGAUGCCAGCAGUGCCACCAACAGAUUCACAGUCAUAUUGAUCCGUGAUUGCGUGGCCGCCCGUAUCACCGAAUUUCUUGAGAAUUCUCAGACCUCGUUGCCGUGGUCUGGCCCUGCGCUAGCUCGUCUCUGCAAGUCGCCCCUCUGCCGCAAGUCUGUGCUGCAUCAGUUCCAGUACGGCACGCCCUACAGAAAGGCUGCCAUUGUCUGUUCCUGGGGCGCAGCCGCUACGCUGCCGCUCGAGAAAACUUGCUCGGGGGAGGUCGCGGAGUACACCUCGGUGGACGCGCCGUUCGCGUCGACGUGCCCGGACUUCGCCAGGUGGGUGGAGGCGGACGUGCAGAAAGGGAUCUUGCGACAUUGGGAGCGGGUGCUGCGGACCAUGCCCGGGUACUGGCGCGCCGACGGUGCGCUCGCCAGCCAGCCCGAGCAGCAGCUCAAGGGCGCCGCCGCCAGCGAGGGUGGGGUGCACCUGCACAGCUUCCGCAGGGGCCUCGAGGCGCCCGAGCACUGCAGGGACGCCGAGGUCUGGGGGGCGUUCGCCAUGAGUCUAGUGAAUCAGAUGGACACCUUCUUCGACGGCAGCGAGACCUACAAGGAGAGCGAAAAGAAGGUGUUCUACGAGUAUUUCCUGAAGCACCUGGCCCAGAAGCUGCCGACGGAUGUGGCCAAGCACGUGCUCCACUUCCGCUACAAGAAGUUCAAGACGAAGAAGAACCAGGCGAGGUCGCUGCUGAUCCAGUUCUUGAACUCGGACAAGGCCAAGGCGACGCAGCUUGUGGGACCUGCCCCGAGGGGCCUACUCGAGCGCGAGGCGGCGAGGCUCCUCGCGAUCUUCGAGAAGGGCGGUGGCAAGGACAAGGGUCAGUAUCAGGAGAGCUGA